GUGACAUUGUGGCCAGAGAAAGAGGCCUGUGAAGCUUCAUCAAGAAUGCAAGUCCCAGGUGUGCCACAGGGAGAGUUAGUCCUGCCUAGGCAGCUGGGGACCAAGGGCACCCUUCUUGCACAUCUAUGCAAUCACAAACACACUGGAGUAUGUGGUACCUUGCUGAAGCAGAAUAUGUGGGAAUUUUUAGGACUCAGUGGCUGUUGAGGAUGUGGCUGUGGACUUUACUCAGGAAGAGUGGGCAUUGCUGGAUCUUUCUCAGAGGCAACUCUACAGAGACGUGAUGAUGGAAAUCUUCAGAAGCCUGGCCUCAGUAGGUUCUCGAAACCUUAUUGAUGGAGAAAGGCUAUCCACUGAAAAUAUAAUGGUACGAUUCAUGAAAAAUGAUACCUGGUCCUCGAUGGUAGGAGAAAUCUGCGAAUUGCCGGUCACUGAAGAUCAGGAUAACAAUCAGAAAACACAUGUGAGCAUGCUGCCUAUUUUUAACAGAAGGCAUUGGUUAGAGAACCUCUGUGAAAAUAAUGAAGACAAUGAGAUUUUCAGCCAGAUUCCAAAUCUUCCUGUGCUGAAAAGAACUCCUAUGCAAGCAUAUCCUUCUGAAUGUCUUGAGUAUGGAAAAUCCUUGAUGAAUCAUUCAUCACUUAAGCAUCAUAUCACAUCUCACUCUGGAUGCAGCGCCUAUCAGUGUAAGGAAUGUGGAGAAGCCUGUAGUCCCUCUUACCUCAGCACUGUUGCGGGAACUUUUACUGGAGAGAAAUCCUACGAAUGUAAGCAAUGCAGAAAAGACUUUUGUCAUUCUUCAAACCUCACUAUACAUAAGAGAAUUCAUGGUGGAGAGAGGCUUUAUGUUUGUAAGGAAUGUGGGAAAGCCUUUCGUCACUCCUCAUACCUCACUAUACAUACGAGAACUCACAGUGGUGAGAGACCUUAUGAAUGUAAGGAAUGUAGCAAAACCUUUAGUUUGUCCUCACACCUCAGCAGACAUAUGAGAACUCACAGUGGAGAGAGACCUUAUGAAUGUAAGCAAUGUGGCAAAGCCUUUCAUCAGUCCUCACACCUCAGCAGACAUAUGAGAACUCAUAGUGGAGAGAGACUUUAUGAAUGUAUGGAAUGUGGCAAAACCUUCCGUUACUAUUCAAGCCACACUAUACUUUUAAGAACUCAUAGUGAUGAGAGGCCUUAUGAAUGUAAGGAAUGUGGUAAAGCCUUUAGUCAGUUCUCAUACCUCACUUUACAUAUAAGAACUCACACUGGUGAGAGGCCUUAUGAAUGUAAGGAAUGUGGCAAAGCCUACAGUCGCUCCUCAAACCUCACUGAACAUAUGAGAACUCACUGUGGAGAGAGACCUUAUAAAUGUUCUCAAUGUGGCAAAACCUUCCGUCAGUCCUCACACCUCUCUGUUCAUAUGAGAACUCACAGUGGUGAGAGGGCUUAUGAAUGUAAGGAAUGUGGCAAAGCCUUUAUUUUGUCCUCACACCUCACCAGACAUAUGACAACUCACAGUGGAGAGAGACCUUAUGUAUGUAAGCAAUGUGGCAAAGCCUUUCAUCAGUCCUCACAUCUCAGCAGACAUAUGAGAACUCACAGUGGAGAGAGACCUUAUGAAUGUAAGCAAUGUGGCAAAGCCUUUCAUCAGUCCUCACCCCUCACCAGACAUAUGAGAACUCACAGUGGAGAGAGACCUUAUGAAUGUAAGCAAUGCGGCAAAGCCUAUAGUUGCUCCUCAAACCUCACCAGACAUAUGAGAACUCACUGUGGAGACAGACCUUAUAAAUGUAUGGAAUGUGGCAAAACCUUCUGUUACUACUCAAGCCACACUAUACAUUUAAGAACUCACAGUGGUGAGAAGCCUUAUGAAUGUAAGGAAUGUGGUAAAGCCUUUAGUCAGUUCUCGUACCUCACUUUACAUAAAAGAACUCACACUGGUGAAAGGCCUUAUGAAUGUAAGGAAUGUUUCAAAGCCUAUAGUCGCUCCUCAAACCUUAGUGAACAUAUACGAAUUCACAGUGGUGAGAGGCCUUAUGAAUGUAAGGAAUGUGGCAAAGCCUUUAAGUUCGAAUUCUGA